AUGGCAUCGGCAGCAGUUCAACAGCCCGACGGUCAUUCGACCUCGUUCGAACCUUUGACGGCACAGUUGAAGGGUGCUUCUGUGCCUCAGCCGGAGAAGCAUCAUGUCCAUACCCAGUUGAACUACUACAAAGACCCUGGGGAUGGAAGCCCUCCUGCUCCAACUUAUGUUGGCAAGCCAGAGACCUACGAAAGACCAGUCCAGCCACUGGAUGUGACGAUACAUGAUAUUCGAGGUGAAGAGAAGAACUAUACGCUUGACAAGAGUGGCUUCGAGAUUUAUCGUCAUGCGAGUAUUGAAAAGGACUUUCUCGACGAUGCCCAGAUCAGGGCAAAUUAUUAUCUAGAGACUGAACAGCUGUUGAAGGACGCCACUGGGGCCUCACGUGUUUUGAUCUUCGACCACACGAUCCGCCGAGCGCAAAAGGAUCAACGAGGCAGCCCAGCCGCAUCUCCUCUCCGCGGGCCAGUGAAUCGUGUUCACAUCGAUCAAAGCUACAGCGCAGCCAGGUCGCGCGUCCCCCACCAUCUCCCCGACGAGGCCGAUGCCUUGCUCAAAACACGCUACCAGAUCAUCAACGUCUGGCGACCUAUCAAGACCAUCCUCAAGGACCCUCUCGCCGUCGCGGAAGCGCACUCGGUGCCAGACUCCGAUCUCAUUGGCGUCGGUCUGAUCUACCCUAACCGGCAGGGCGAGACCUACACGGUGCGACCCAACCCGGAGCACAAGUGGCACUAUCUCUACGGACAGACGCCAGAGGAGGUUCUUCUGAUCAAGUGCUUCGACUCCAAGCUGGACGGGCGCGCGAGGAGAGUGCCACACACUGCAUUUGUGAAUCCCGAGACUGUGAACGAGGAUUCGCGCGAGUCGAUUGAAGUUCGGGCAUUGGUCUUCCACGAGGAUCAAUCUGCGGAAUGA